AUGGCGAAAGUGAAAAAGGAGAAGCUGCAGGAGGUGGUUGUGGAUCCAUACGAGAAAAUGGGUUUCCUUUUGCAAGCAUUAUAUGAAACUGAAGGCUGUUUUGACUCCCCUGCGUCCAAGCCAAGCUCUGCUACUCGGAGAGCCACUGGUCCGAUGAGACGGUCAGCGAAAUGCUGGACAGAGGAAGAGGACGAUCUUCUAGGAGAGCUGGUCAGAAAGUUUAACAAGAGUAAUUGGAAGGAAAUAGCUUCAUGUCUCCCUGGGCGCACAGAUGUUCAGUGCCUGCAGCGCUGGCAAAAGGUUCUAAAUCCUGAAAUUGUGAAGGGACCCUGGACAAAGGAGGAAGACGACUGCAUAAUCAAACAAGUUGAGAGUCAUGGUGCUAAAAGAUGGUCUGUUAUUGCAAAGUUCUUACCAGGUCGAAUGGGCAAGCAAUGCCGAGAAAGGUGGUACAAUCACUUAUGCCCGGCUAUAAAUAGAAAUGCAUGGACAGAAGAAGAGGAGUGGGUUCUUACUUACUACCACCAACUCUUUGGUAACAAGUGGGCAGAAAUAGCCAGGUUUCUACCUGGAAGGACUGACAAUGGAAUUAAAAAUCACUGGAACUGCACACUGAAGAGAAAAUUAGAUUCAUACUCACCUAAUGGUUGUGAUGUGGAUAUGCAUCCUUAUGUCUGGAACGGUGAAUUAAGAUCGGGCCAUGUCGAGAUUAACCCAGCCGGACAGAUUUCUGAUAGACUGGCCUCACUCAAUCAGAGAACAGGGUUGGAGAUUGGUGAUAGCGCUUGCUCUACAAAGUUGACUCUUGGAUGUUCUUAUAGACAUGAACUUUGUUCAGAAUGGAAACCUGUCAAAGUGCAGAAAUGCAGAUCAUCAGAUAGAGGAGCAAAUAGUUUGACAAAUCUAAUCACAAGUGGAUCUUCCAAACACAGCCCUUUAUCAGCCUCUUCAUUGGUUUUCGUGGGUGCAUCUACUUCUACCAGGUCCUCCCCCCAUGAGAGUCCAUCCUGCUACUCUACACCCCAAAGCCGUGCGCAGAAUGUUAAUGUGAAUCUCAGCAGUGGCAGCAGUCCUGGGUCGAGACUGAAGAACUUGGCAUUGAGUUUCAAAAAUACUCCUUCCAUCAUAAGAAAGAGAAGUUCCAGAAGACCUGAUGCUUCUUCAGCUGCCGUUAAAUCUCUAGGAAGGUGCCUGGAACGUGAAUUCGACGCCGAAAACCAUUCAGGUGUUACUAAAUGUGGCCAACUUUUCUCUGCAUAUGCUACUUCAUCAGACGUUAACGUUGGUGCAUAG